GAAAACAUGGCCUCUGUCAUCAAUCUUCUUGCAUACUUGGUUCUUGCAGCAUUUCUUUCUUUCUGUUUUGCAAAUGCAGAGAUUCAUCACCAUCAGUUUGUGGUUCAACAGACGCCGGUGAAUCGGCUGUGCCGGACCCGGAGCAUCAUCACGGUUAACGGGCAGUUCCCCGGCCCGACUCUAGAGGUGCGCGACGGCGACACACUCGUCAUCAAUGUCAUCAACGCUGCGCGCUACAACAUCACUCUCCAUUGGCACGGCGUGCGCCAAAUGAGGACGCCGUGGGCCGAUGGUCCGGAGUACGUGACGCAAUGUCCUAUUCAGCCGGGAGCGAGCUAUACGUAUAGAUUCACCAUCGAGAAUCAAGAAGGCACGCUUUGGUGGCACGCGCAUAGCCGGUGGCUUCGAGCUACCGUCUAUGGAGCAUUGAUUAUUUACCCGAAGAUCGGUGUCCCUUACCCUUUCGUUAAGCCGAAACACGACAUCCCUAUACUUCUUGGCGAAUGGUGGAACCGAGACAUCAUUAGCGUCAUGCGCCAAGCGAUAUUCACCGGCGCCGCGCCAAAUGUGUCCGAUGCAUACACCAUCAACGGCGAGCCGGGAGAUCUCUACCCGUGUUCACGCAAAGGGGUGAAAAAAUUUAUCGUCAAGUCAGGGGAGACCGUUCUUCUGCGAAUCAUCAACGCCGCACUCAAUCAAGAACUCUUCUUCACGGUUGCGAGCCACAUGCUCACUGUAGUCGGCAACGAUGCUGCGUACAACAAGCCCUUUACAACGAGGGUCAUCAUGAUCGGUCCCGGCCAAACCACAAACGUUCUUCUCACGGCUAAUCAACCCGCCGGGCGCUACUACAUGGCGACACGAGCGUAUGCUACCGCGCAGAAUGCUGCGUUCGACAACACAACUGCCACGGCGAUCUUGGAGUACGACUCUGUUUCAUGCAGCUCCAAACAAGGCGCGCCGUCUACGAAGCCCGUGCUGCCUCCGCUCCCGGCCUUCAACGAUACCAACACGGUCACUGCGUAUACGAACCAAGUUCGAAGUCUGCCUUCCAAGAUCGGUAAAGUUCCCGUCCACAUUGACGAGAGUCUCUUCUUCACCGUGGGAUUAGGCCUCGUGAACUGCAUUCCCGGGCCGCGAUGCCAAGGCCCCAACAACACACGGUUUGCGGCGAGCAUGAACAACGUGUCGUUCGUGCUCCCGAGGAGGACAUCUUUGUUGCAAGCGUACUACCAAAACAUCCCCGGCGUGUUCACCACCGACUUCCCACCGGUCCCUCCUACCGUGUUCGACUACACCGGGAAUGUCAGCCGCGCAUUGUGGCAGCCUAGCUUCGGGACGAAGCUCUACAAGUUGAAGUACGGUUCGACAGUGCAAAUUGUGCUGCAAGACACGGCGAUUGUCUCCACCGAGGACCAUCCCGUUCAUCUUCACGGGUAUCACUUCUACGUCGUUGGACAGGGCUUCGGAAAUUUCAACCCCGGGCGCGAUACACCCAACUUCAACCUCAUCGAUCCACCAGUUCGCAACACGAUCAAUGUCCCCGUCGGCGGGUGGGCUGUCAUUCGGUUUGUGGCUGAUAAUCCUGGUGUUUGGCUGAUGCAUUGUCACAUCGACUCCCAUCUCGGAUGGGGCUUCGCGAUGUCGUUCUUGGUCGAGAAUGGACACGGGAAGCUGCAGACAAUCGAGGCGCCUCCACCGGAUCUCCCGCGGUGUUAGAAUACAUUAC